CAGGAGGAGGAGCAGCCUCGGCCGAAACCGUGACACAAUAGUGCACCUGUGGGACUGUCAAGGAGCUGCGGUAGGCAACAUCAGAAACCCCUUGGCCCUGAGAGUGCUACUAGGAGGCAGAGAUGGAAGGUGGAAGUUCGUUCAGCCGAAGGUCGUGGGCGUCACAGUCUUUACGCGUCACUGCCAGGGAGCUCUCAUUGGUCAACACGCGAGGCAAGACCAAUGCCAUCGCAGAGCGCUUCUCCAAGUACCAGAGAGCUGCUGAGGAGUCUAAUGCAGAGAAGAAGAAAGCAUCAGUGGAGAGCCUGCCGCCCACCCUGCGUUCAGGGAACCUGAGUGUUCUGAAGAAGCGCUGGGAGCAGCCAGGUCCUCGCCAAGACAGACCCGCCCCGCUAUCCGCCGGCCCACCCCGCACCCGCCUCUCCCCCCCUGCCGUACCAAAACCAACCCCCCCGACCGAGCACCUUCCCCCAGCCAAGUCCCCGGGAUCCCUGAGCACUCAGGGUGGUCAAAGCACAGCCGUCAGCCGCUUCCAGUAUCCAGCAGCAGCAGCUAUAGCCGAGGAGGGACAGAGAGGGAUGGAGAAGAAAGCGCAGCAGCCAAGCGAGCGAGUGGAGGAGGAAGAGCUGAUGCAGGUAGAAGAGAAGGUGGUGCCACCCAGCCCCUGCACACCCAUUGAGAAACCCAGCGUGCCUCUCAACAGCCUGAAGAUAAUGUUUGAGAAGGGAGAGGGCACCAAGGGAAAGGUGAACACGGGACUACACAGCAGCUCCUCCGAGGACAUGGACCAGAGACUAGGAGUGUUGUCCCCUGACAGAGUGCUAGAGACCACCUCCCUGAAGGAAAGAAUGGCCAAGUACCAGUCAGCCGUUACCAAAAAGGGCCCACUAGCACGCACUGCCAGUCAAUCAGAGGGAGAGGAUAGCAGCCUGAAGGAAAAUGUGCCCCCUAGUGGUGUGGCUGUGAGCCAGGCUUUAGAGUCCUACAGCAGAAAAGUCGCUGUAGCAGAGACCAAUGGGGAUGGCAUGGACACAUCUAGCUCUAAGGGUAGUACCUCCUCUUCAUCCUCGGCCCACAGUGACUUGCCCAAGGCAGCCAGAAAGUUCUGCCUUCCCAUGAGGGAGACGUGCAUUGCGUGCCUAAAGACGGUGUACCCGCUGGAGAGGCUGGUGGCCAACACCCAGAUCUUCCACACCUCCUGCUUCCGCUGUCUCCACUGCAACACCAAGCUCCGCCUGGGGAGCUAUGCCUCUCUGCACGGUAAUGUCUACUGCAAGCCCCACUUCAGCCAGCUGUUCAAGGCCAAAGGCAACUAUGACGAGGGCUUCGGCCACCGCCCCCACAAGGACCUGUGGACGCCCCGCGCCGAGGGAGAGGAGGAGGAGGAAGAAAAAGGAGUAGACCGGGAGGUGGAGAAGAGGCCUAAGGAGCGGGCAGAAAGAGUGGUGGUGGUGUCCCGUCCAGCCGGGACACCACCCUCCCCAGCCAAACAGUCCAGCCCCACGGUGGAGGAGUCUCCCCUGGCCAAGGUGACAGACCUGACUGCCUCUCUUGAGACACACAGCCACACUUCCUCCACCGAGAAACUCUCCACCGCCGAGAAAAUACCAGAGGCCCACAGGCUGAGGGUUGCCUGGCCCCCUCCUGCUGACAUUGAUGCUGGGGCCUCUCCUGCUCUGGAGGCUGGUGGUGGUGUGGGCCGGCCCUGGAGGGCCAAGUGGCCCCCAGAGGGCGAGGUGUCAUCGUCCACCCUGAGCCCCGACAGGGCCGAGCUGAAGAGCCUCAGGAGGAGCUCGUCUCUGAAGGAGCGUAGUCGGCCCUUCUCGGUGGCCCCCAGCCUCACCACAACCAAUGCCCUGGGGCCACGGGAGCCCCGCCGGCCCCUCAAAUCCCUGCUGGAGAGGAGGGGGUCGCUGGAGGACAGCCAAUCCACGCUUAAGGAACCAGAACCCCAACCCCAGAGGGGGAGAGAGGAGGAAAAAGAGGGGAGCAAGCCCACCCCGCCCAGCGGCAGUGCAGUGAACGGAGAGACCAGCUGUAAGGAGGUGGCGAGUCUGCCGGCGAUGCAGGAGAAGAGAGAAGAGCCGAUGAAGAAAGGAAAAGAAGCAGCAGAAGAGGAAGAGGCUUCUCUAAAAUGCCAAAGUGCCUCUCCAGACAUCCUAGCAUCUCCGCCCCCGCAGCCCAAACACAACCGCAGCUCCCAGGACGUGGGCUUCUGGGAGGGGGAGGAGGGGGGGGGAGGAGGGGAGGGGGAACAGCUCACCGUAGAGGAGAUGAUCAAAAGGAACCGCUACUAUGAGGAGGAAGAGGAAGAUGACGUCUGA